CAAUAAUCCGGUGCAAUUACACCGAUUUAUCUACCGCUUAGUCCCACUACUUUGAUUCAAGGUCAUUCCCUCAGCAUGACUGAAAAGAAGCCUGAUGUUUCGCAGAUUACUUCAAGGAAUUGGGUCAGGAUAACUUUGACUGCUGCAAGUGUGGCUCCACUGGAAAUUGUUUCCAACGACUUAAUAAAGCGUGCGAAAGAUCAAAAUCUUAAGGUGAAAGGACCUGUGAGGAUGCCGACUAAAAUUUUGCGUAUAACCACCAGGAAAACGCCAUGUGGGGAGGGCUCAAAAACUUGGGAUCGUUUCCAGAUGCGGAUUCAUAAACGUGUUAUCGAUUUGCUUUCUACUGAUGAGGCAGCGCAGCAAUUGACCCAUAUCUAUCUCGAGCCAGGCGUCAAUUGUGAUGUCAAAGUUGCUGGUGACUCGUAGGAAAUAAACCACUUGGAAUUUUGCACUGUUAUUUUUGGUCUGGUAAUUGGGCCUUUGUCCAGCUCGAGGAUUCGGAUAACUCAGUAGAUGGAAUAAGCUGCGUCCAGCACUGGUAGAAUGCAGCACGAUGGAGACUUCGAUAGGUGCUGUUCUGAACUUUUUCCAGACUUAUUGUAAUUUUACUGCAUCAUGUCACUACUGUAUGACAGUACAGAGAAGGCUUCUG